UCUUCAGUUUAUUUCAACGCAUCAGGAAUAGAAAUUUGAUUAAUUGACUAGUUUAAAAUUGAAUUUAUUUUAGAAUUUAGAAGAGUCUAUUUGAUUGUUGGCGAAUUUCAAUUCGAUUUGAAAGUAACAAAGAGGAAAAUUUGUCUUCUUUUUGGCGCCAACCGCAGCUGAUUCAACAUUUAGUGUUCAUCAAGUUCACAAUUAAUCAAUUGUUUCUUUCCAUUGUUGAAGUUAAUUUGAAAUUUUCUGAGUGAUUUAUUGUUAUCGUUUGGUUGAUUGAUUGCUGGUGCAAACUUCGUUAUUGUCUUUGGGUUUACAUUCUUGUAUUUUUGUUUUCCAUUGUUUUUCUCUUUGGGUUUUGUGUUUCUUUUAUUGAAGAGAAAAGCAAAAAGAAAAUGACUGUUGAAGAGAAUUUACCUUGGGUUGAAAAAUAUCGACCAAAUACUUUGGAUGAAUUAAUUUCUCAUGUUGACAUUGUUUCCACCAUCAAUAAGUUUAUUAAAGAAAAAAGGAUUCCUCAUUUACUUUUCUAUGGACCUCCAGGUACUGGAAAAACAACCACCAUCUUGGCGAUUGCUAAGCAGCUUUAUAAUCAAAAGGAGUUUUCAUCAAUGGUCUUGGAACUUAAUGCCUCUGAUGAUCGAGGAAUCGGGAUAAUUAGAGGCCCAGUGUUGAGCUUUGCAAGUACGAAAGCCAUUUUCAAGACUGGAUUUAAAUUGGUUAUUCUUGAUGAAGCCGAUGCCAUGACUCAAGAUGCUCAAGAUGCUCUAAGACGAAUCAUGGAAAAGUAUACUGAGAAUACACGAUUCUGUUUAAUAUGUAACUAUUUGUCUAAAAUCAAGCCAGCCAUUCAAUCUCGAUGUACUCGAUUCAGAUUUGGUCCACUUAACUCGGAUCAAAUUGUCCCCAGAUUUGAUUACAUUGUCUCCAAGGAAAAGGUUAACAUUACUGAAGAUGGUCGGAAAGCUAUUCUUGAAUUAUCUGGUGGUGAUAUGAGAAAAGUUUUAAAUCUAUUACAAAGUACACAUCUUGGAUUUGAUGUUGUCGACGAGCUAAAUGUUUACCUUUGUUGUGGUCAACCUCUGAAAGCAGACAUAGAAUCUGUUUUAGAAUGUUUGAUUACCAUGUCUUUUAAAGAUUCUCAACGUCGAUUGAUUACCAUUCAAAAGGAAAAAGGAAUCGCUCUUCAAGAUAUUCUCAGUCAAAUACAUUUAGCUGUUCAUAAAAUUGAUCUACCAUUGAUCACUAAAAUUGAAAUUCUUCGUAAAAUGGCAAACAUUGAAUAUUACAUUUCUUCAGGAGCCAAUGAGACAUUACAAUUAUCAGCAUUAGUUGCAGCAUUUCAACCAGCUCGAUCCAAAAAUUAAUCUAAAUAAAAUUCACAUUCAAAAACAUCCAACAUCCAAUGAAGAUGAACCGAUAGAAUGUGAAAAUCAUCUCUUCCAGAUCACCAUAAAGAUGAAACUUUUAUUGUAUAAAUCCUAAAAUGGUGUAACACCAAAUUAAUUGGUAAAAAUUUCACAUUCGAAAGAAAAUAAAUCCGUUACCAAGAACAAAAUUAACAAACAAUAA